AUGCCGCGGCCUCCAGGGCCUAGCUCGAGCCAGCCUCGACGAGACUUUGUCCGGCUCCGCAACUUGCACCUCGUCGCCACUGUCGGGGAUGGCGCACAAUGGCCGAACGAGAACGGCGAGCCCAAGAAGCAGCCCGUGAUCGUCAACAUCACAGUUCCGCACGAUCUCAAGCCCUCUGCCGCUUCCGAUGAUGUAGAGAAAUCUGUGAAUUACGGGACUCUUUCUCGCUCGCUGCUGAAAGCCGUUGACGAUGGCGCAAAAUUCCCAUCGCUCGAAGCUCUGCUUGAUGUUCUCUUCGACGCCUGCUUUUCUACAUUUCCUGACGUUUCCGAGGCGGAAAUAUCCCUUGCUAAGCCGCGCGCCCUGCCUUAUGCAGAUGAUGUCUCCAUACACAGUCACCGUCUUCGCAAUGGUUCACGACUCGCACGGGAUCGGUUCACCUUGAACAGACUGGCGUGCAACCUGAUUGUAGGGCUCAACCCCUGCGAGCGGGAAGACAAGCAGCUCGUUCACUUUGACGUUGACGUUGAGCGUGAAGGGAAAGUCUUUGAUUGGCGAAGACUCGGGCAACACAUACGCAAAGCAACUGAAUCAUCAAAGUUCAUCUCGCUCGAAGCGCUGGCAUCUCUCGUAGCCAAGGCGUCCCUGCUUCUAGCCCAAGACGCCAAGGCGGUCGUCACUGUUCGUGCCGGAAAACCCAAGGCCAUCGUCUUCGCCGAGGCAGCAGAAGUCGAGAUGACGCGAACAUUUAGCGAUUACCCCGAGCUUCGCAAGGUCGCCAACAGACUUUCGUCACCUCUUGAGGGGCCGCUUAACCUCGUACCUCUAUUGAAGUCUGUUGGCCACACGUUCGAGGUCACCGGCAACGAUAUGAAUACGGUCGCCCUAGCCCUGGGUUCGAACGUCGGAGAUCGGUUUGCAAACAUCGAAGCCGCGCUACAGAUUCUGGAGAAGUGGCAUACCCAGUUCAAGAGCGGUCCGGGUGCUGCCAUCCAGUUUCAUGUGGUGGACACCAGCUUCAUGUACGAGACGGAGCCCAUGUAUGUGACGGACCAACCCAAAUUUGCGAAUUGUGCAGUCAUGGUCCGCACGAACUUCGGCACGCACUCCCUUCUCUCGACACUACAGAUGCUCGAGGUCGAGAUGGGACGCGUCAAGGAGAAGCGCAACGGCCCUCGAUGCGUAGACAUCGACAUUCUGCUUUACAACGACGCCAUAGUUGACACCAGACCGGCAAAUGCACGUGCGACCCUCGACAAUCUUGAAGACCAACUGGUCAUCCCUCAUCCUCGUAUGGCCGAGCGCGAGUUCGUGCUUAGACCCCUGUGCGACAUAAUCCCCGAUUGGAUUCACCCCGUACUGAAGCGACCCAUGAAAGACCUUCUGGCCGAUGUGAUGAGAGCAAAGCCCGCUGAAGAGCCUCCCAUGGCACGAGUCAUGCCUUUCCCAGCGACGUCCGGAAUACAGAAACCGCCCAUCGCCGCGUAUCCGCAAUACCGCGCCACUGCAACGCACUGGGCCUUCCCUGCGCCACACAGAACGCGACUCAUGGCGACUCUCAAUGCUACACCAGACUCCUUCUCCGAUGGCGGCAGCCACGACUCGACAUCCACAGCAUUAGAGUACGCGUCCAAGUCCGUGGCAGCUGGCGCGUCCAUCAUUGAUGUCGGCGGGUACUCGACGCGACCUGGUGCCGAUUUCGUCUCGGAUGAAGAAGAGACUCGCCGUGUCGUAUCGACUAUCGAGGCUCUCCGCGCAUCCGACGACGCUGCCGUAUCCGUCGUACCUAUCAGCGUGGACACUUUCCGGCCAAGCGUCGCACGCGCCGCUCUCGAGGCCGGAGCGAACUGCAUCAACGAUGUCUACGCGUUCACCGGACCAGAGUAUCCCUUGACGAAUGAGUCGGCCACCACACUCAAGGAGAUGCGCACGCUCGCACAUGAAUUCGCCGUCCCUGUCGUAUUGAUGCACUCGCGCGGCCCCGCCGGACAGAACAAGGACUAUGGCCAGUACAGUUCGGUACUCGAAGGUGUUACACGGGAGCUGAGCGAGAAGAUUGAUGCCAUAGUGCGCUGGUCGGGCGGUGUGCGACGGUGGCUCGUUAUGGUUGAUCCUGGAGUCGGGUUCAGCAAGACGAUAGACGGGAACCUCGAGCUCCUGCGUUGCGCGGGAGGCCUGACAGCGGAUGAGCUUCCAGAUGGCUCCCGUAACCCUCUACGCGGCUUCCCACAGCUCAUCGGCACAUCUCGCAAGUCGUUCCUCGGAAAGAUCCUCGAGGAGGCGGACGAGCAAAGCGCGUAUCAAGGAAGAGAGACGGCCGCGAGCGAGCGCGAUGCUGCUACAGCUGCCGCAGUCACUACAGCGGUUCAGCAAGGCGUGGAGAUUAUACGAGUACAUGACGUGCAGAUGCUCGGAGAUGUUGUGCGCGUAGCUGAUAAAAUGUGGAAAUAA